GUUUUCCAAUCUUUCCAUAAAAAAAUAUUUUAGUAAAUCAUACCAAACAAGCAUUUUGUUAGGGUCAGUAUUCACUUACUUGGUCAAAGAAUCAAUAGUGGAUUAAGUUGAAUGUUAAUUUCUGUGCAUUUACAUAUUAUGCAUUUGUAGAAGAAACCAGAUACAUUCUUGCAAAUUACUUGCAUGUAUUUCAUCGUUUGACCUUUGACCUCAGGUGAGGACGCUGCAGCGGCAGCCAAGAAGGUGAAGGCCAAGGGAGGGGACCAGCCCUUCUCCAGGAUACCAGGCCUGAGAGAUGCCAGCAAGAAAAUGGCAAAGAUUAUUCCUCUCAACCGCCCUGGCAACCCCUGGAACAUUCCUGUAGACACUAUGAACUUUAGAUUUAUCGUAGAUCCUCAUCUGGACUGUGCAGAAACAGAGGAGAACAAGCCUAUAAGCGUGUUCAAAAAGGUUCUGGAGACCUAUGAGCAGCAGUUCACACCUCGGUGGCUGGGAGUGAUGGGCGAGGAACACACACCGAGUGUGGGUGAGUGGGAGAUCUACCUGAUAGAGAACAGCUCAUUCAUCUUCUAUGGCAUGGAGCGACUCCUCUCCUACAUACCGCCUGCAAAACUCUCCGCACUUAAUGUACCGGAAUGUAUGCUGCUGUACUCCAUGGACAUGGCCCAGACCACCCAGAGCUUCACCCGUCAGUCCAAGGUGGACGUGCUCAAGAGCUCCAUAACGCUGGCACUGGAGAAACCUGUGGAGACGGCCAUAUUGGCGAGCCUGUCUGGCAUCAAAUGCAUCAUGGGAAAUCAGUGGCACUGCACGCUGGCCGAGAACGCUAGCAAACUCAACACCAACAUGAAAGAUCUGUUAGAGGGCGGCAUGUCUACGGGUGAAUGUGCAAGGAUGCUGUUUGCCCCUCAUCGUCGCAAGUUACCCAAACCGGAAGAAACCGCACCACCUGAGGGAGCAGACGCUGGGGGCAAGAAUGAGAAAGACAAGGAAGAAGAUGUGAAGAGUGUGAUGGAGGAUUCGUUGACAGACAGGUCGCUGUUCAGUGAUAAGACGUCGACAGUGGAGGAAAGUGUGGAUGCCCAGAGGUCCUGGUUUAACAUGGUCUGCUAUGGGCUGCCCAACCUGAUAGUCACACAGCUCUAGGCAGGCGAGGUCCUGGUUUAACAUGGUCUGCUAUGGGCUGCCCAACCUGAUAGUCACACAGCUCUAGGCAGGCCUCUACAUAUGCCUUUACUACUCAGAUAAGGCAUUUUAACCCGUUUGUAGUCCCUUAGAUAAUCAAAUUAAAUUACAGACAAUUCUGGUUAGAUUCAAGUGCUUAACGCUUACUUUCCAACCCUAAGAUGCGACUUACUUGAAGGCUGUUCCAAUUUUAUGCUGGUUGCAUAUACCGGUAGCCAUCUUCACUUUGUUUUUGAGUGGGAAAGAGUUAAACAGCAAAGAUUGUGUGUAAUAACUGCAGAAAAUGCACUUCAUGACUUUUUAACCUUUGUGAUUGAAUCCCAAAGAGUAACAUGUGUGUGCGUAUUGUGUAGCAUCUUUUACCAAUAAACAUUUAAGGGCAAUGUCCGAUUCUCGUAUGCUUCAAAAGCAAACAUCUGCUGUCAGAAAACUUGCAGUUUGCUGUAAAUACUUUAUGUUGGUAUAUAACAAUAAAUUUAGGAAUUUAUGUUCAUGAAUUGGUUAUAAAAUGUACCUAUUUGUGGGAAUACAUAAAUGGAACAAAUAAUACUGUGAUAUUUUGAUUUAAUUUAUUGAAACAUGUUUGAUAUAUUUUGUCUGUUUCAUUUAAGAUCGAAUAAACUAAUUAUCGCAUA